GUCUGACUCAGUCACACAGGUUGAUUGGGAAUAUUAUUUUAAACGUAUAUUUUAAUUAACCUGUCUGUAAAAUAUCCGUUCGUUCUUCUUGCGUUGGACUACCUGCAUCUUGUAUUUCGGGCGGUAUUACGAAGUGCGCCAGAUGGUUUUAAGGUCUUCAUCAAGAUGACACUUGCUCUUGUGAUAUCAUUUGAAGAAUAGACUGGCACUGCCCAUGUUAUUCUCUUUCUUUCAACACCUGCAAAAGAACAGAGAGUGUAUUUCAAUCAAUGCAUUAUUUAUAUCUGUGGACGAGUGCCAAUGCUGCAGAACUUCCCAACGUCCUGGUUCCAGGUCACUCUGUCCCUAAAUUUGAGCUUUCACUGUCCUGCACCCUCGCCUCACUAUUCACCCAUUGCUUCGUGGGGCUGUGUCUGUUUUGGCAUUCUCUGACCUUGUUCUGUAUCUUGGCACAGACUUUAAGAAUGAUUUUCACCCCCAUGGUCUGACUAGUUGAAUCUGUACUUUUAUGUGUGGACCAAAUCUAGAACUGCGCAAUAACGGCCUCUGCCCGACACAUGGUGCUGUCAAUGAGCUCUCAGGAUUCAACCCAAGGACUUUUCAACUGAGUUAGCACUAAGGAUUGAAACCAAGGACUGACUGGAGCAGGGGCAGUUUAAGCAAUAAAACACAGAAAACCCUUUUGAAGCUCAUGUAAAGCACAAAUCAUGAGCUCUGACAGUUUGCAGUACCGUGCACUGUUUGAGUACAAACAGGAGCGGGGUGAUGAUAUCUCCCUGCAGCCUGGGGAUCUCCUCACAGUCAGCAAAAUAACUUUGCUGUCACCCGAUUACCAAGAGGGCGAGGAGAAGUGCCCAAAGGGCUGGCUGCAUGGCAUCAAUGAACGCACUAAGGAGAAGGGCAACUUCCCUGGCACCUUUGUGGAGUAUGUUGGGAUCGUGAGGGCAGGCCUUACCUCAGGGAAGCCCUGGCCUAGACCUGUACCCCCAACGCCUGUAGGGCCCCAGACCCCAGGGGCCUCUGCAUCAGAAGGCCCCUGUGGAAAGGGAGAUGUUGUAGAGCAGUGUGCUCUGCCUGACCUGGCCCCAGCAGUAGUUCUCAGGCUGACGGAGACUCUGGAGAGACAGGGCUGGGAGAAUGAACCUCUGUAUCGAACCGCCCAGGACUCCACUGGACCCCCAGAAUUAUAUCAGGCUUUGGAAACAGACCCAGCAGCGGUGGACUUUGAGCAAUAUGAAUUGUCCAUUUUGGCUGAUACUCUUAGGGGUUACCUGCAGGAUUUGCCCUGCCCGCUCAUCCCAGCUAUAGUUUACAGUGAGCUGGUCUACACUGCUCAGGAAACUCAAAGCAUGGAGGAGUGUGGAGAGCAGCUGAGAAGAAUCCUUGACUCCCCCAGUGUCCCUCAGGCUAACCACCAGCUUCUGGUUCAUGUGACCCAACACCUAAGCAAGGUGGCCCAGAGUGGGGGAGCAGUUCAGGCAAGCCCCAGGCUUCUGGCUCUGGCCUACAGCGAGGCCAUCUUCAAAAACAACCACUUUAGUGCGGAUGUGAACCCAGAACACCAUGUGAAGAUCCUUGAGGCACUUAUCUUGGUUGGAGGACUAGUGGAGAUACAGGCUGCCCCAGCACUUCCUCCCAAACCAGCAAAACCCAUGACACCAGUAAACGGUAAUAGUGUGAAAGAAGCCGCAAGCUGCUCAUUGCAAGAAGCAGAAUGGUACUGGGGAGACAUAUCAAGGGAAGAGGUGAACGACAAAUUAAGGGACAUGCCUGAUGGUACUUUCUUGGUACGGGAUGCCUCAACUAAGAUGCAGGGAGAUUACACGCUAACGCUAAGGAAAGGCGGAAACAAUAAGCUAAUAAAGAUCUACCACCGAGAUGGGAAGUAUGGUUUCUCAGACCCGCUCACAUUCAGCUCUGUGGUAGAGCUCAUCAGUCACUACAGGCAUGAGUCUCUGGCCCAGUACAACACCAAAUUGGACGUUAAGCUCAUGUACCCCAUCUCCCGUUAUCAGCAGGAUCAGCUGGUGAAAGAGGACAACAUUGAUGCAGUGGGGAGGAAACUCCAGGAAUAUCACAAUCAAUAUCAGGAUAAAAGUAAAGAAUAUGACAGACUCUAUGAGGAGCACACAAAAACCUCACAGGAGAUUCAGAUGAAACGUACUGCAAUAGAGGCCUUCAAUGAGACCAUAAAAAUUUUCGAAGAGCAGUGUCACACGCAGGAACGCUACAGUAAAGAGUACAUCGAGCGAUUCUGCAGAGAGGGCAAUGACAAAGAGAUUGAGAGGAUUAUGAUGAACUACGAGAAGCUCAAAUCCCGUUUGGGCGAGAUUCAUGACAGCAAGACCCGCCUUGAACAAGACCUGAAAACACAGGCUCUGGACAACAGGGAGACAGACAAGAAGAUGAACAGCUUAAAACCAGACCUCAUCCAGCUUCGGAAGAUCCGAGAUCAGUAUCUUGUUUGGCUCAAUCAUAAAGGUGUUCGACAGAAACGCAUAAAUGAUUGGCUGGGGAUAAAAAAUGAGAACCCGGAUGAUGCCUACUUUGUAAGUGAGGAGGAUGAGAAUCUGCCACACUAUGAUGAGAAGAGCUGGUUCGUGGGGGACCUAAACCGAACACAGGCGGAGGACUUGCUCCACGGCAAACCUGAUGGAGCUUUUCUUAUUAGAGAGAGCAGCAAGAAGGGUUGUUACGCCUGCUCUGUUGUUGUGGAUGGCGAGGUGAAGCACUGCGUCAUCUACAGCACGCCUCGUGGCUACGGUUUUGCCGAGCCCUACAACUUGUACAGCUCUCUGAAAGACCUGGUCCUGCACUACCACCAGACCUCACUGGUCCAGCACAACGACUCACUUAACGUGCGGCUGGCGUACCCAGUGUAUGCACAGAUGCCCUCAGGCCCCCACAGAUGAAGACUGCCCCAAACCCCCCAACCCCCAAAUUAAACUAUCUACACUCUGGGAAGGUGGGGAAGGCUUUCUGAACAAUCUGAAGAAAGGAAAAAAAAGCAUACCAACAAAAAAACACUUGCUGCAACACACACGUCAGCCACCUUGGAGUUAUAUAUUUUUACAAGAACAAUUUGGAGGGCAUUCUUUCUAAAGACAGCUUGAUUUGCACAAGGAAGUUUUAAAUGUUUGUGAAUGUAAAAAAAAAAAGCAGAAGGAAGCAGAAGAGGCGCGUUUCAGGUGACCCGCGCUGCUACCUAAACUCCAGCUGGGACAUUUUACAUGCAUCAUUUUAGCUUAAGCUUAUUUUUUUUUUUUCUAUCUUGUCGCUUUUCUCACAUCUUUCCAUUUUUCAUUCAAAUGUUUUUUUGUUUUUUCUUUGAAUUGUCUUUCCUUACUAAAUUGCUGAAUCGUUCCUAACUUAACAUUGCAGUGAAAAUAUUUGUUUCUCUCUCUCUCUCUCUCUCUCUCUCUCUCUCUCUCUCUCUCUCUCUCUGAAAAAAAGGCAAAAACUAUGUAGCAAACAGAGAACUGGCACUUUCCAGAGUGUUCUUACAUUGACUGCUGCUGAACAAGGGAUUGUGGGAUGGUUUGGGAGGGCACAAGUGAAACUGUGUUGUGGUCUUAAACUUGUUUUUACACUAACCUGAGAAAGGUGUUUUUUUGUUUGUAUUUUUUUUUCUUGAUAUUUUUUUUUUAAGCAGUUAAGAUCGUUACAGUUCAGUACAGAGACCAAAGUUGGCAUGGGGAGGACAUCCUGUUUUCUUUUUGUUUUGUUUUUUGGCUCAAGUGAGAGGAAUGUUAAUUCUCAAUACACUUUUUUUGCAAACUACACAAUCUGAUCUGUCAGCUUUUUUUUAAAUUCUUUCAAGAACCAAAAUCCCAUGCACAGACACAGUCGACGUGACGCACUUAUGUAGAAAUGGCAGACAAGUGAUUGCUGCACGACUGUACACUAAAUUUGAAAGUUCAUGUUUUUUAACUAAAGGAAUCUAUAUGCUUAAUGUCUGUUCCAGAAAAAUCGGAUUUGUGUAGUUGUAAGGCAGGCCUGCAGAAUAUAUCUCGAGAUCUUCAGUUAACAGGAGCAGUGCUUAUCGUUAAAACAGAUGUGCUUUAGCACGUAACUUAAAGACCGUGCUAUCCAGCUUUUGUUGAAAAAGUGACAUUAAUGGCAUCAAAAAGUGCUAAUCACUUGAAUCCUUGUUAUUUUUUUGG